AUGAUGAGCAUUCCUGACCAACAGGUUCCUGUUACGGCGGAUUUAUCAAGAAUGACUAACGAAGGAUUCCCCAGAUUGACAGAGCCAGUGCACACUACAUUGAACCCCAACUACUGCUCAGCAUAUCCAGUCAAUCAAACACCAUCAGCCAAGAGCCAUCAUGGUUCAUUAUACCCAGCCCCUGAAUUCAGGCAAGAACAUUGGCUUCAAGACGCAAGCAGCUGUGAGACGGAAGAUAGUGAGCAGUACGUACCCGAAUUUCAACAUAUACCAGGAGUGAAGCAAGAAGUCAAUUGCCGGAGAAAUAGUGACGACUACCAUCCCCAAUAUCCUGGUAAUACGGGACAAAAUUAUCUCGAUUUGAGUCCAGCAGCACCAGCAAAUUGUUUUGGAACGAACAGCAAAUUGAGCCCAAGGAGUAACGAACCGCCGGAGGGUAUUGCAGUGAAAGAAGAGCCGACGGAUCGUGGCUAUGCUGAACCAACGACAGUGACCAACCUCUCAUCACCAACAUCACAAGAAGCAUCCUCUGGUGAAAGUUUAAUUUACCAGAGGCAACAGCAGUACACGAAUAAUCUCCUAAACCAAAGAGAACGCAGGGACUCACCGACGUCGAGUAGACCCGCGAGUGCGUCAUCAGCGACCUCCCAGUGGCCCCAGGUGCAGACGAGUGCAUCAGCCUCAGGAGACUCGAGUUUCCUGGCGCGCCAGGAGUCCUGGUCAACGGACUACAGCAAGAGGAGCACAACGCCCACCUGGACGGAAUUGGGAGCCCAGCCGGAUGCCAGGACUCCCUCCUGGGAGCGUCAGAGCUCUUGCUAUCAGAAGAGAAGCUCCCCCACGAACUCCUGGAAUGCAGAAUACAUCAAGAGACCACCGUCUACCACUGGAAUCACUUCCUGGAGUGAUGUUGCCGCUGGGUACCAACAACAACGACGAGGGUCUUUACAACUUUGGCAAUUCCUUGUAGCUCUUUUGGAUGACCCAGCGAAUGCUCCAUGCAUCGCGUGGACUGGACGAGGAAUGGAAUUCAAACUGAUUGAGCCUGAGGAGGUGGCUCGACGAUGGGGCGUGCAGAAAAACAGACCGGCGAUGAAUUACGACAAACUCAGUCGAUCCCUCCGGUACUACUACGAGAAAGGGAUUAUGCAGAAGGUCGCUGGUGAGAGAUACGUCUACAAGUUCGUGUGUGAUCCAGAGGCUCUCUUCAAUAUGGCUUAUGGCGCUGGAGCUUCCACCCUCCCAAGUGACGCCCAGGGAAAUGUCAUGAGGGGGCACCCCGUGGUUGGCAAAUCCUCGAAUAUCUCUAAUGAAGUUAAUGAGUCCAAGCAUUCCAGUGGCUAUGGAGAUGCUGUCCUCGCCAUGUAUUCGAAUACAGCAGCAGUGUAUGGACCAUCGAGUUUACACCACCUCCACCAGUACUUGGGUACAAACGAGGGUUUCAAGACACCCCCAAGUCGUUAUCACCCUCACCACUCCCACCAAUACCCAAGCAAUGCAUCACACCAUCAUUAUCACCCCUCAACCUCACCAUAUCCCGAUCCAUUUCUAAACUACAGUCGUUUGACCACUCACGAGCUACCCCUGGACAUCAGAACGCAGGACACGGUGCGAUCGGGUUACGCCCACGAGGAGACUUCAACGAGGGCAAAGGACUCGUCCGGUGUUGUGUCAUUCGAGUCGGCGCAACGCAACCAAUUACCCACUGCAACCGCAAACACGCAGACCACAACUAUUUUGGAAUCAACCGCAGGAUCAAAAAUUGAACCGGCCUCCUACACUUGUCUGGGGGUCGACAGUUGUGUCUGCUAG